GGAGUCCUACCGUAUUGGCCCAGAAACUAUUGCAAAAUAUCUCUGGAUCAUGACCGCAGAGUGCGGGAGGCCACUCAGCAAGCCUUUGAACAGCUGAUCCUGAAAGUGAAGAAAUACUUGGCCCCUCACUUGAAGAGUUUGAUGGGCUUCUGGCUCAUAGCACAGUGUGACACCUACUCACCGGCAGCCAGUGCUGCCAGGGCCGCCUUCGAAGCUGCAUUCCCUCCUCAUAAACAGCCGGAAGCCCUGACCUUCUGCAAAGAUGAAAUUCUGAAUGUUUUACUUGAUCAUCUCCUGAAAGAAACCCCGGACUCCCUAAGUGAUCCGCAAACAGUCCCACCAGAGGAAAGGGAAUCUAAGUACUUCCGAGUUGUCACCUGUUCUUUGCUGGCUCUGAAGCGUCUGCUUUCUAUGCUGCCAAGUGGAGAGAGCAGCGUCCUUCAAGAGAGGUUGGCUCACCUUCUGUCACAAAGCAAAUUCUGGAAGUACAGCAAGCACCAGUCACCAAAUAUUCGCUCAGCUUUCUUCGAACUAAUCUCUGCAUUG